UCCCUCCCUCUCUCUCUCGGAAAGUUUCCUGCUCUGUCUCUCUCUCUCUCUCUCUCUGAAACGCCUAGACCAAAGCCAUUCAGUAUUUCUGCUCCAAAACCCAACUCUCAAACCGGACGGGAAAAAAAAUCUGUAGUAGAGUUGCAGGGUCGUAGAGGUCGCCGUUCGAGGAUCGUUGUGGAGUUGUUUUCACUCUGUUUUCUUGAGGGUUACGUUUCUAUGAAAAGAAGUCGAUAAAAAUCUUUUCUUCUGCAAUUUUUCGUGAUACUUUUUAAGACAUGCUGCAGAUGGAUUCUGUUAAAUCAUCGGACGUGACUCCUGCUAAGGGUAAAUUGGGACGCACCUUUGCUAAAGUUCUUCACCUUCGAGUGGCAACUGGAGUUGCCCCGGUUGAUGGAAAUCAGAAGGUUAAGCCCCAAGAAAAGAUCAAGAAAGACUGGAAUGUUGGCAAGAGUGCAGCCCGAACUGGUAGUCGGUCUCCGCCUUUUGAUAAUGAAGAGGAGCUAGAGAAUAUGGUGGCCUUGCAAGCUCUUCUUGCCAAACUGUUUGCCACCAUUUCAUCCAUUAAAGCUGCGUAUGCUGAGCUACAGUAUUCUCAGUCUCCUUAUAAUGCUGAUGGUAUUCAAGCUGCUGAUCAAAUGGUAGUCUCAGAGUUGAAGAAUUUGUCUGAAUUUAAGCAGAGUUACUUGAAGAGACAGUUCGAUCCUUCACCAGAGACAGCAAUGCUUUCAGCUGAAAUUCAGGAGCAAAAGAGUGUUAAGAAAACCUAUGAUAUAAUGAGGAAGAAAUUGUAUUCUCAGCUGAGGCUCAAAGAUUCUGAACUUAUAUUUCUGCGAGAGAAAUUGGAGGAAGCCACUAAACAGAACAGGUUACUUGAUAAGAGAUUGAACCAAAGUGGGCAGUUAUAUGUGCUCGACAAUCUUCACCGUUCAGGCCUGACUCCUACACAUCUUGUAACAGUUCUCCGGCAUGCAGUUAAGUCCAUUCGAAGUUUUGUCAGGUUGAUGGUGGAGGAGAUGCAAUCUGCUGGUUGGGAUAUUCAUGCGGCAGCAAAUGCCAUCGAACCGGGUGUGGUUUAUCUGAAAGAUGAUCACAAAUGCUUCGUGUUCGAGUCCUUCGUUUGUAAGCAAAUGUUCGAGGCUUUCAAUUAUCCAAACUUCUCUCUUCCAGACAAGUCUUUGCCAGGUAAAAGGCCGGAGCACCAACUGUUUUUUAGGCUAUUCAUGGACAUGAAAUCUGGGAAACCAAAGGAGUUUCUUGAGCAGAAUCCCAAAUCAAAGUUUUCAAAAUUUUGCCGUGUUAAGUACUUGCAACUCGUUAAUCCCAAGUUGGAAUCAUCUUUGUUUGGUAAUCUGAAUCAAAGAAACCUCGUGAAAGCCGGUGAAUUUCCAAACACCACAUUCUUUGCUUCAUUCGCUGAAAUGGCAAAGCGAGUUUGGCUGCUACACUGCCUGGCCUUCUCUUUCGAGCCCGAGGCCUCAAUCUUUCAAGUUAACAAGGGAUGUCGAUUUUCAGAAGUGUACAUGGAAAGUGUAGCCGAUGAAGCAUUCCUUUCAUCGGAUGACACACCAGAAUCCGAUCCACGGGUGGCUUUCACAGUUGUUCCCGGGUUCAGGAUAGAUAAAACUGUUAUACAAUGCCAGGUCUAUCUCUCAGUUUCAAACCAAGGUAACCAAAAAGCAAAGGUAGCUAGGUGAUGAUCCGAGAGAUGAAUCAUCAUCAGUUGCGCCUGGACCCGCAACACAUAAAGUUAUUGAACUGGAGCCGUUCUUUUAUUUUAAGCUCCUCCUCCUCCUUCUCGGCCAUUAGUGAAAUGGCAUGUCUGGUUGCUGUGGGGUGUUGGUGUUGUGACUUGAUUAACCUUAAGGCUGGUUGUGUUUUUCUUUUUCGUUGUUUAUUUUCGUGGCCAUUUCGAAAAGGAAACCGCGUAAACCGUUGGUGUUUCACGAGGACGACAGCCUUUUGGAACUUUGUUAACUUUUGUAAUUCAAGGAACAUACCCCUCCAAUUUUGUUAAUAUUAGGCUAGAAACAGUGAUUUUCCAGCUGUUUCUCCAUCAUUACCAGACAUCUCAUGAUGUAAUAUUAUGUACAUAAUGAUAUAAUAGUGAUAAGGUUUUCAUAUA